AUGAGUCGACUACGUCUUUUUCAAAGCCCUGUGGCCAAAAACAGGCAAGAGAACCAAUCCCUCCUGGCCGGCGAGGAUGAGAAGAUUUUCGAAGACCCCCGAUUCGAACACUAUGAAGCAACAUCGAACCUGCAGCUCUUCUUCGACUUAUUCUUCGUCGCCAAUCUGACAUCGUUUACCAACGUCCACGAGAUCAACGAUAGACACAAACUGACCUCCUACAUCGGAUUUAUUGCGCUCCUCUGGUUUACCUGGGCGCAGGUCACCCUCUACGAUAUCCGCUUCGCAACAGACAGUGUGUUUGAACGACUCGCUCAUGCCUGCCAUUUCGGUGUCAUGGUCGGAUUUGCAGUCAUCGGCCCUUCAUUCUUGGAGACACACGAGGAAUGGGGACCUCAACAGCAAAUGUCCAUCAUCCUCAUGGCCAGCCGUCUUGUUUUGUUCUGUCAAUAUGGAGCGGCACUCUGCUUUACCUGGAGAUACCAUAGAACGCGUACACCCUUGCUUAUAAUAAUGGGCACACUCCUCGUGGCUGCGGCGAUCUAUCUUGGUAUAUCGUUUGUAUUUUACCGUCAUCUUGACUACCAUUGCUACAUUGUGUGGUACGUUGUGUCUGUCUUGGAGGCGGUGAUCAAUGUUGGCGUUGCAUCAUGGUGGCCGGUUGUGUCGCUCUACAAGGCGCAUCUUGUGGAGAGAAUGACCUGUCUGACUUUGAUUAUUCUCGGAGAAGGAAUCAUCGGUCUUACCAAGACAAUCGUCAAGGUCGAGACCAUGGAUAGCAAGUUCACUUCUGCAGACAUUGGCAUGAUCAUUUCUGCAGUGUUGAUCAUUUACUUUGUCUACCAAAUCUACUUUGAUAGCAUCUGCCUCGAAGCCUUGAGCCACAUACAACAACAAAUCUGGGGCCUCCUGCACUUCCCCUUCCACCUCGCCCUCUGUCUCAUGAUGGAAGGCAUCAACCAGACUCUCUUAUGGUCGCAUAUCGUCGCCGAUUCCAGGACUAUCUUCCUUCCCCUCAACACUGCCCUCGACAACGAUGCCGCCGCACCAGAACUGAAAACCGUCCUUAACAACACCAUCACCUACGUCUAUAGCAAUUUCGACAGCACCCAAGAUGUCUGGGACGACGUCCAGAAGUCGAUGAACGAGACUCUCGCCCUUCCUGACUCCGCUGACACUGACGAGGUCCUGGAGACUGCCUUUGGUGCCGUCACGGAGACAAUGAAGACGGUCAUUGAGGCCUUUGGCUGGGAGAUGCCGACAGAGACAUUGACUGAGGGUGCCGAGGGGUUCUGGGAGACAGCUCAUGAGAUCCUGAAGGUGUUUAACCUCACAUUCGGCUACUUUGUCAUCUGCACCGGUAUCAUCCUCAUGCUCUCCAGCGUCUUCUCCAUGCUCGCUUCCAAACACGACAGAGAGCACUACCACCUGCGAUAUCUCAGCACCAUCAUCAACAGUGUUGUCGGGUUGGGCAUUGCCUUGCUGAGCUGCAUGACAUUGACCGACAGUGCAGAGACGCUGGGUGCGUCGCCCUGGGCUCUUCCAGGACUUAUGCUGAUCAUGCUAGUUUUGCUGAUCAUCCACCAUCUACCACGAGGACGAUAUGAGUCUGUGGUGAAGGAACCUGGACCAGAGUGUUGA